UUUUUUUUUUUUUUUUUUAUUCUAAAUGACAACAAUGUCAACAGGACAUGGUAAAGGCAUGGAGAGUUCUACAAGUUUUUCCAACAAGAGCUCACCGUAUGGAUCCAGUGGUAGUUUAAGUUCAGCUAGUGCACCUGUGCCACCACCACACAGAGUUCCUUUAAAAAGCUCACCUAGUUUGUUGUCACCGGCUGUUGCCCAUAACGGACCAGAGGAUGUACAAUAUUUUCAACAAAACUAUCCACGAGCAUCAGCAGUAUCAGGGCCCAAACAAGCAUAUUAUUCAAUAGGAGAAACAGCCGAAGAUGGCAAUUAUUUACCUGAUAGUUCGUUACAGAUGGCCAUCUUGGCUGGUAAAAGAAGAUAUGAUCGACUGAAUGCUCCUGUCGACCCUGAAUUCCCGCCCAUCACAGUCGAGAAUAUCAAUACAUUACGACAAGAGGCGAAGGCAAGUCAGGAUCCGAGUGUGAAGUUUUUUUUUGCAAGGUUCUUAUUAGAUGCAGUCAAACAUCUAAGAGAAAAUACACAGGAUCCAAUUAGAGUGAAGCAAUUAAAAGAUAAUCUUACAGCUGAAGCAAUCAAGAUCAUAAAGAAAUUAACUGCACAUAAAAUUAGUUAUGCAGAUGCCCAAUUCUUUUUAGCUAAUUGUUACGGUGGUGGUUUGCAUGAUUUGAAAGCAGAUCCUGAUAAAGCUUUCUCAUUAUAUUUACAAGGAUCCAAACAAAACCAUCCUGAAUCCUGUUAUAGAGCUGCUGUAUGUUAUGAACUGGGCAUGGGGACCAAAAGGGAUUAUCGUUAUGCUAUGCAAUAUUAUAGAAAGGCUGCUAACUUAACUGACCCCUCUGGCAUGUAUAAAUUGGGCCUGAUUUUAUUGAACGGCUUAAUAGGACAAUCUAAAAAUCCUCGUGAAGCCAUCUCAUGGUUCCUGAGAGCUGCUCAAAAUGCAGAUCAGGAUCAUCCACAACCGUUACACGAACUUGCCUUAGCGUAUGAACAAGAAGAAGAUCCAAUCUCUUCAGUCAUUCCAGAUAUAAACUAUGCCAGAGAACUAUACACCCAAGCUGCGCAGUUAGGUUAUGCUCCAUCACAAUAUAAACUGGGUUUAGCGUACGAAAAUGGUCUGCUAAACUGUCCAAUUGACCCAAGGAGAUCCAUCGCUUGGUACUCAAGAGCUGCCGAGCAAAAUGAUUCAAACGCUGAAAUUGCUUUAUCUGGUUGGUAUCUUACGGGCGCUGACAAUGUCCUGAUCCAGAAUGAUAAAGAAGCCUAUCUAUGGGCCAGAAAGGCUGCAGAUAGAGGACUUGCUAAAGCCGAAUAUGCUGUAGGCUAUUAUAACGAAACAGGUGUGGGUGUGGUUCAUAAUUUAGACGAAGCCAAGCUAUGGUAUCAAAGGGCCUCCAAACAUGGUGAUGAGAAAGCAACACAAAGAUUACAGACGUUGGCUCAAGUUCAUCAAGUCACUGUCAAAAGAAGACCCACCAGAGACAAAAAUAAUGGCUCCAGUGGAAAAGAUUCUGACUGUACUAUCAUGUAGUUGGUGAUUGAAUAGACUUUUACAUAAAUAAAAAAAAAAAAAAAACUUUGACUUACACAUACCGAUCGCUCAUCCGUUACUUUUGUUCGAGUACGCUAUAUACACC